CCAUGAUGAGAGGGUGGAUCCUGCUUCUCGCUGUGCUCCUAGCUCCGGCACCAGUUACGGCACAAAAAAGAAACCAAGGGACGUGCAUCAAUGUCUAUGCGGCAGACAUCGUGUUCCUGGUGGAUGGAUCCUCCAGUAUCGGGAGGACCAACUUCCGCAUGAUCCGAGCCUUCAUGGAGGACCUGGUUAGGCCCUUUGUCCAUGUGGUCGGUGAGAGCGCGGUGCGAUUCGGGGCAGUGCAGUACAGCGACGACCCCAGGCUCGAGUUCACGUUCUCCCAGCAUCCCAACGGGACGGAGGUGAAGAGGGCCAUCCAGCAGCUGAGCUACAAAGGCGGGAACACACGCACGGGCGCCGGUCUCCGGUACAUCGCUGACAACUUCUUUGGGCCCACUCAGAUCCGGGCCGGGGUCCCAAAGGUCUGCAUCCUCAUCACAGAUGGCAAGUCUCAAGAUGACACUGAGCAGCCCUCUGUGAAGCUGAAGGCUCAGGGCACUAAGGUCUUUUCUGUGGGGAUCAAGAACGCAGACCGCGCGGAGCUCAUGCGUGUGGCCUCCACUCCCACAGAGGACUACUUCUUCUACGUCAAUGACUUUAAGAUCCUGGGCACCCUGCUGCCGCUGGUGUCUCAGAGGGUGUGUGCCAGCACCGGAGGGGUCCUGCAGACGGGUCCACGGGUGUACAGUGGCCCAUCCAACCUGGUCUUCAUGGAGCAGGCGGUCGACAUGCUGAGGAUCCGCUGGACUGCAGCGGGCGGCCCGGUCACAGGCUACAAAGUCCAGUACGUGCCGCUCACGGGCUUGGGGCAGCAAGUGACAGCAGAGAUGCAAGAGGUCAGCCUGAGUCCCGGGGAGACGAGCGCCGUGCUGAGCCAGCUGAGAGGAGGGACGGAUUAUCUGGUCACCGUCAUCGCCCAGUAUGCCAACAGCAUCGGCGAGUCGGUCUCUGGCAAAGGACGCACUGGGGCCCUGUCUGGAGUGUCGAAUUUCCGAGUGGUGGAGGCUGGGCCGUCCUUCCUCAGACUGGCCUGGGGAGCUGCUUUGGAGAACUUGCAGGGCUACCGGCUCACCUACGUGGCCCGAGGUGAAGCUCAAGCGGAGGAGAUGAGCCUGGGAGCCAACGCCGUGUCCGUCACGCUCAGCAACCUGCGCCCCAACACUGACUACGUGGUCACGCUUCAGCCUAUCUCCCAGCGGCAGACGGCAGCACCGGCCCAGCUAACUGGCCGAACCCUGCGUUUGGAAGGGGUGCAGCAGCUGUCAGUUCAGAACAUCUCCCAGCAGAGCAUGCUGGUGACCUGGCGGGGUGUGAGUGGAGCUACUGGAUACCGGGUCUCCUGGGGGCUCCCCUCAGGCCAGGACAUUCGGAAAUUUGAUGUGGAUGCCAGCAAGAAUUCCUACCUGCUGACAGGGCUGCAGCCAGACACAGAUUACCUGCUGACGGUCACUUCACUCUACGGGCAAGUGGAGGGGCCCCCAGCCUCCAUUAGGAGAAGAACAGAAACGGGCAUAGUCCAGUCCCUGAGGACCGUCAUUCUGGGCCCAACAUCCAUCCAGGUGGCCUGGAACAUCAUCCGCGAUGCCCGUGGCUACCGGCUGGAGUGGAGAAGAGCAACAGGUGCUGAGCCCCCACAGACUGUGUCCCUGCCCACCAACAUCAACAGCUACCAGCUCACCGGCCUGCAGCCGGCCACGGAAUAUCGCAUCACCCUCUACACACUGUACGACGGGAGGGAGGUGGCCACACCCGUAACCAUCUCCCAGACAGGAGUGGAGGCCCCAGUGGGCCGCAUUUCUGACCUGCGGGUCAUUGAUACCGUGGGGAAGAGGAUCCGGCUGGCCUGGACUGGUGUCCCGGGUGCCACCGAGUACAAGAUUGUGCUGCGCAACUCCCAGGAUGGCAGUGACAAGACCAGGCAGAUCCCAGGCACCCAGACCACGCUGGAGCUCGAGGACCUGAGAGAGGAGGUCACCUAUGUAGUGCGUGUGUCAGCCCUGAUUGGCAGGCGCGAGGGCAGCGCUGUCCCCAUCAGUGUCCGCAUUGAGCCGUCAGUGAGCAGCGUGUCCAACCUGCAAGUGGUUCCUGUGGGCGUGGGCCGUGUGCGGCUUCUGUGGAGUGCCAUACCCAGGGCCACUGAGUACAAGCUGGUGAUCACCAACAGGCAGGAUGGCUCAGAGGAGACCAGGCACGUCCCCGGCAACCGGAAUUUCUUUGAGCUGCAAGAUUUGAAGGAGGGAGUCACAUACCUGGUGCAGGUGACAACGCUGAUGGGCAGCCAGGAAAGUGACCCUGCCACUAUCUCUGUCCAGCUGGAUCCCCUGUCUGUGGGCAGCGUCACCAACCUGCGGGUGGCUGAGAUGAGACCCAACCAGCUGAGGGUCGCAUGGAGUGGGCUUCCUGGGGCAACUGGCUACAAGUUGACGUGGCAGGCAAGUGAUGGCCAGGCGAUCUCCCGGGUCCUGCCAGCCGACAGGACCUCCUUCAGCAUCGAGCAGCUGCAGGCCGGGGCCAUCUAUCUUAUUGGGGUCUCGGCCCUGGUUGGCAGCAGGGAAGGCAGCCCCAUCACCAUCACGGCUAGAACAGCUCCGGAGCAGGUGGGGACAGUCUCCAGCCUCAAGGUCCUCUCGUCCAGGAGCAACGUUGUCCGGGUCACCUGGGUUGGAGUGCCUGGGGCGACAGCCUACAAGGUGGUGUGGAGCCAGCGAGACGGGGACUCCGAGUCGAGCAAGGUGGUUUCUGGUGACACCAGCUCCUUUGACAUUCUCAACCUGGAGGGUGGGGUCAGCUACACCGUGAAGGUCGCAGCACUGAUUGGCAACCGCGAGGGUGACCCUGUCUCCAUCGUUGUCACCACACCGGCAGAGGUGGCCCCCCAGCCUGUGGGGAACCUGCGGGUGAUUGACUCCUCGGACCAGCGCAUUCGCCUCACCUGGAGCCCGGCGCCGGGCAGCACCGGGUACCGCCUGAGCUGGAGGCCAGCAGAUGGGGGGCCGGAGAGGAGCCAGCUGCUCGCCCCCAACGUCAACUCCUACGACAUCGAAGGCCUGGAGGCAGGAGAGCGCUACGAGAUCCGGAUCACCAGCCUGGUGGGCAGCCAGGAGAGCGAGAUUGUGGGCAUCGCUGCCAACACUGCACCUCUGGGCCGAGUCACCAAUUUCCGGGUGACGGAGACCCGAGACAAUUCUGUGACCUUGGCCUGGACUCCAGCUCCCAGAGCCACCGGCUACCUCCUCACCUGGAAGCUGCCCAGAGAGGGAGGCGAGACGCAGAGUACACUGCCCGGGUCAGCAACUUCCCACCAGGUGUCGGGGCUGCGGCUGGGGCACAGAUACCUCUUCACCAUCCGGCCGCUGUUCGGGAGCGCCAGGGGCGCGGAGUCCACCCUCACCGACCGCACAGUUUGCAGGGACGCUCGCGGUGACAUCAUCUUCCUAGUGCAUGGCACGCGGGACAGUGCCUACAGCGCCGAGACCGUCCGUGCCCUGCUCUCCAACACCGUCUCAGCGCUGGGCCCGCUGGGCCCCGAUGCCUCCCAGGUGGGCCUAGUGAUCUACAGCUACCGCAGCAUCCCGUGGGUCCUGCUGAAUCACUCCAGUGACCUGGGCACUGUCCUGGAGCGGAUCCGCACCAUGCGCUACGAGGAGCCCAGCGGCAAUGCCUUGGGAGCUGCCAUCAACUUUGCCAGGACCUACAUGCUGAGCCCCAGUGCAGGGCGCCGGCCUGGUGUGCCAGGGGUGCUGGUGGUGCUGGCAGACAGCCCCUCUGGUGACGAUGCCAUUGGGCCGGCCAGGGAGAUCAAGGCAGCAGGGAUCCAGGUGCUGGCGGUGGGCAUAGACGGGGCAGAUCGUGAGCAGCUGCGCCGCAUUGUCACCAAUGAAGACCCACGCCAUGUUUUCUAUGCCAAGGAUUCGAGGGCUGGUCUGUCAGAGCUGGAGGACAGGCUCACCAGCACCCUCUGCAGGGUGACUGUCACAGACAGGCUGGAGCCCUGCACAGUUCAGUGUCCCAAGGGUGAGAAGGGGGAGCCCGGCCAGACUGGGCAGAAAGGACGUGUGGGGCAGCCUGGCCCCCCUGGAGACCCGGGGCUCAAUGGGCUUCCGGGCCCCCCAGGACCAAUGGGGCCACGGGGUGCCCCAGGCGAGAUCAUCGAGCGGCCAGGCCAGAAGGGGGAAAGAGGAUUCCCAGGAGCGGAUGGGAUCCCAGGAAACCCUGGUCGCCCUGGCAACUCUGGCUCUCCUGGCCAACCGGGUAGACAAGGCAUUCCCAGCCUCCGAGGGCUCCCGGGGGAGCAGGGCCCAGUGGGGCCUCCCGGGCAGCGGGGAGAGAAAGGCGAGCCGGGAGAUCCAGGAGUGAUUGUGAACGGAGGAGGGAGGCUGCCUGGCCGGAAAGGGGAGCCUGGGAGUCCGGGAAAUCCUGGCCUCCCUGGGAACCCUGGGCCUAGAGGAGCAGUCGGUGAUCCAGGACCUCCUGGGCCCAUUGGACCUCCAGGGCCAUCAGGACCUGCCGGAGAGUUUGUCAAGGGGGCGAAAGGCGAGCGAGGGGAGCGGGGCCCCCCCGGGCUGAUUGAUGGGGUAUCUCCCGGAGGAGAGCCAGGCAUCCCGGGCUUGCCUGGCGAUCCUGGUUCCCCUGGGCCCCGGGGACCUGCUGGGCCUCCAGGACAGAAAGGAGACAAGGGUGAUGGGGAAGAAGGUUUUCCAGGGCCGCCGGGUCGCCAAGGGGACCCAGGAGAUCGGGGCCCGAGAGGACCUCCAGGUGAACAAGGAAGCAAGGGAGACCGCGGGCAGCCGGGAGAACUCGGAGAAGCAGGGGAGAAGGGCGAUCGCGGACCCCCUGGGCCGGAAGGGAAGAAGGGGGAGCUGGGAGCUCCAGGCCGCCUGGGCCCAGCAGGCAGAGAGGGAUUGCCAGGACCGUCCGGCCCCCGAGGGGAAAAGGGGGAUCAAGGUGCUCCUGGGGAACCUGGAAAGCCGGCUUCCAGCGUCUCCGGGAUCAAAGGAGAGAAGGGUGACAGAGGCCCUGCAGGAGCAGAGGGGGCCCCGGGUUCCAGGGGAGACGCAGGAGAUAAAGGAGACCGCGGCCCCCCUGGAUUCAGUGUCGCUGGCCCACCUGGCCCCAAAGGAGAACAGGGCGACAGGGGGAUUGUCGGCCUCACUGGCAAGAGUGGCCCAAAGGGUGACCCAGGGGAACCCGGUGAGAAGGGGGAGCUGGGGAGACCAGGAGCUGCGGGGCAGAUGGGCCUGCGAGGGAAGGAGGGUGAACGUGGUGAGAAGGGUGACGAGGGGACCCCAGGAGAGUCGGGUCAGCCCGGAAAACCUGGCGACCGGGGCCCCCGGGGCCUACCAGGAAACCGUGGUCUCCCCGGGGAGAAGGGUGACCAGGGAGACUCUGGCGAUGAUGGCAGAAAUGGCAGUCCUGGAGUACCAGGGGCCAAGGGCGACCGCGGGGAACCGGGGCCGCCUGGACCCCCAGGACGAAUUAUCGAUUCGGGACCUGGAGGAGGAAUUGGAGAGAAAGGCGAGAAGGGGGAGCCAGGGGACCCCGGAGAGGAUGGGAUGAAGGGUGCAAAGGGCGAGGCUGGGGUACCUGGCCUGCUUGGAGAGAGGGGGAUCGAAGGUCCCAGAGGCCCCCCCGGAGCUCGGGGUGACCCUGGAGACCGAGGCCAAUCAGGAGACAAGGGAGACCGAGGCCCUCCGGGGCUGGAUGGCCGGAACGGCUUGGAUGGCAAACCUGGGCAAAUGGGCCCUGCGGGGCAAAGGGGUGACCCAGGCAAGCAGGGUGACCCCGGCCGAGAUGGGCUGCCAGGCCAGCGAGGGGAGCAAGGUCCCCCAGGAGCCAUCGGCCCCCCGGGACCACCAGGCUUGGCUGGCAAACCCGGCGACGACGGCAAACCCGGCCUGAAUGGGAAGAACGCACCUCUCACCAUGUACUUCCUAUGGGAGCAGGAGCUGCCUCCUGGUGCCAGCAUGCAGCUCCGGGCUGCUCCAGCUUUGCUUACCCAGCAGGAGGGGGGGACAAAGGAGAAGCUGGCGCCCCUGGCAGAGACGGUCAAGAAGGCCCCAAGGGCGAGCGAGGAGACCGUGGGGCGCCAGGCCCCUUGGGACCUCCUGGUGUCCCUGGUGUACCUGGGCAGGUUGGACCCCCAGGCCAGGGUGCUCCAGGCCUCGCUGGGGCUGCCGGACAAAAGGGCGACCGAGGAGAGGCUGGAUCCAAAGGAGAACAGGGCAGACCUGGGGAUCCUGGACAACGUGAAUGUUGAACGUGCCCUGGAAGCCUAUGGUAUUAAGAUUGCCUCGCUCAGAGAGAUCACUGGAGCCUAUGACGGCAGCACUGAUCCAUUCCUGCCCUACCCUGACCGCCGGAGAGGCCCGAAGGGUGAUAGGGGAGACUCAGGGGAGAGGGGACCUCCAGGCAAAGAGGGUGUGAUGGGCUUUCCUGGAGAGAAAGGGCCCAAGGGCGACAAAGGAGACCAAGGCCCUGCUGGCCCCCAAGGCCCCAUGGGACGUGCUAUCGGAGAGCGAGGUCCAGAGGGGCUGCCUGGCCAGGCAGGGGAACCUGGCAAGCCUGGAAUCCCAGGGGUGCCGGGGCGGGCCGGGGAGCUCGGAGAGGCUGGCAGGCCUGGCGAGAAGGGCGAUCGGGGCGAGAAGGGCGAUCGGGGAGAGCCGGGCAGAGACGGCGUGCAGGGUCCUCCAGGGCCCCCGGGACCCAAGGCAGAUGUGGUGGAAGGGAGCCUCUCGGGUCUUCCGGGGGAGCGUGGACCCACAGGACCCAAGGGAGCCAAGGGAGAGCCCGCUGUGGAUGGCGAGAGAGGACCCAAAGGAGAUAAGGGUGAACCUGGGCAGAAGGGGGAGAGAGGAGAAGCUGGCGAGAAAGGCAGGGAUGGCAGCCCGGGUAUGCCAGGCUUUCCCGGAGUUCUAGGCCGACCGGGCAACCAGGGAGAUCCAGGGCCACCAGGCUCAGCUGGGCUUGUUGGACCGCCAGGCGCUCAGGGCCCACCUGGAAUAAAGGGAGAUUCGGGUGAGCCUGGCUCCAGCAUUCGGGGCUUGCCCGGGCCCCAGGGGAGCGUCGGCCUCCCAGGCCCCUCAGGCCCCUCCGGCCUUGUGGGACCGCAGGGCGCCCCAGGAUUGCCAGGACCAGUGGGCGAGACUGGAAAGCCUGGAGUGCCGGGGAGAGAUGGAGUGCCGGGGAAGGAGGGAGAAGCAGGGCUGCCUGGGAAAAUGGGUGUGCCAGGACCCACAGGCCCUGCCGGACCUAAAGGAGCGCCAGGGGACGCUGGGCUCCCAGGACAGACGAUUGUCGGUCCUCCUGGGAUGAAAGGCGAGAAGGGCGAAUCCGGAGGGAUUGAAGGGAGCCUGCUGGGUGAACCGGGUGCCAAGGGCGAGCGAGGCUUACCGGGCCCCAGGGGAGAGAAGGGGGAUCCUGGAAGACAGGGGGAACCCGGAGACCCUGGGGAAGAUGGAGCCAAAGGAUCCCCUGGAGUCAAAGGGGAAAAGGGUUCGGUUGGCAUUGGCCUGCAGGGACCCCCUGGACAAGAUGGGCCUCAAGGUUUGAAGGGUGACACUGGCUUACCUGGCCCACCAGGAUCCCCGGGCUUGCCAGGCAUCGCAGGGACCCCCGGCCAGCCAGGUCUGAGGGCAGAAAAUGGACAGCCAGGCCCACCAGGACCUCCAGGAGAGAGGGGUUUGAUUGGCUUCCCUGGAAGAGACGGCACCUCUGGCUCACCAGGGCCGCCGGGGCCCCCAGGGCCAGCGGGGGCACAAGGCGUCCCAGGACUGAAGGGUGACAAGGGGAACGUGGGGGUUGGACAGCCGGGCCCUAGAGGCGAGCGAGGAGACCCAGGGUCACGGGGUGAAGACGGGCGCCCAGGGCUGGAGGGAGAUCGUGGGCCUGCGGGGCCUCCCGGAAACCGAGGGGAGCGUGGCGACAAAGGAGACUUUGGAGCUAUGGGGCCCAAAGGAGACAAGGGUGAUACCGUCAUUGUGGAGGGGCCGGCUGGAGUCCGGGGGAGCAAGGGGGAGCCGGGAGACCGCGGUCUGAAGGGGAUGGAAGGGGAAAAAGGCGACAAGGGUGACCCGGGCCUCCCAGGAGAGAAGGGAGGAAGGGGCGAGCAAGGGGAGAAGGGCUCCACAGGCUUCCCAGGAGCACGCGGCCCCGGAGGGCAGAAGGGUGAAGUUGGCGAAUCGGGAGACCCCGGAGAGUCGGGCCUGCCAGGAAAGGAUGGAAUCCCAGGAUCCAGAGGGGAGAAAGGGGACAUAGGGCCACUGGGAAUGCGAGGCCCUAAGGGGGAUCGGGGAAUGAAAGGUGCCUGUGGCCAGGAUGGAGAUAAGGGGGAGAAGGGGGAGCCGGGGAUUCCAGGCCGAAUGGGACUUCCAGGAAGGAAGGGCGAGCUGGGAGAGCUGGGCAUGCCUGGAACCCCAGGAAUCCCGGGGAAAGAAGGUCUCAUGGGACCCAAGGGUGACAGGGGAUUUGAUGGUCAGCAGGGAGCCAAAGGAGACCAGGGAGAGAAAGGAGACCGGGGUACUCCAGGCAUUAUUGGCUCCCCAGGCCCUAGGGGCAAUGAUGGAGCACCUGGCCCACCUGGCCCCCCAGGUAGUGUUGGCCCUAAGGGCCCUGAGGGGAUUCAAGGGCAGAAGGGUGAAAGAGGCCCCCCAGGGGAGUCGACUGUAGGGACCCGAGGCGUCCCUGGGAUUCCAGGAGAGAGAGGAGAUCAGGGGAAUCCGGGACUCGAAGGCUCGAGAGGAGAGAAGGGGGACCCUGGCAUGACGGAACAAGAGAUCCGCGCAUUUGUCAGGCAGGAAAUGAGUCAGCACUGCGCUUGCGGAGGGCAGCUCUCCUCUUCUGAACCACGUCUUCUCCCCAACUAUCCAUCCACCCAACCAUUCCCGUCUGUUAAUGCUCAUCUAGUCCCUGUGCUUAAGUUGUCACACGCUGAAGAAGAGGAGGGGCACGAGGUGCGUGUUGUGAACACAAAUGACCCUGAGUAUGAGCACGUCUACGCAAUGGAGUACUACGAAGAGGGCCUGGAAGCUGAUGGGACAGAGAGCACCAUGCUGAGCGAUGCUGACCUAUGCAGCUUGCCCCUGGACGAGGGAGACUGCAGCAGAUUCACACUCAGGUGGUAUUAUAACCAAAAAGUGGCAGAGUGCCGGCCUUUCAUCUACAGCGGCUGCAGGGGGAACCUCAACCGUUUCUACACCAAGGAGGACUGUGAUCUCCAAUGCAGGCACCAGGCAGAUUCAGAUGCCCAAAUUGCUGCUGACAACACAUCAGAUACGAAGAGGAAUGCGUAAACUGCCCUGUUUUAGUGGGGUUUCCCUGUCCAAGGGGGAACUGACCAAAGGGAGAGAAGACCCCACCUGCCCUCUGAGUGAAAGACUCUUACAGGCUCCUACAGGGGAACCUACCCUGGGCCUGCCCCAGGUCCCAGCCACACAUGGUGCGUUUGGUCUGAGACUCUCCUUGUUGCCAUCUCUGCUCCCUGCAGCGCUGCCCCACAUGCCAGCUUGCUGGAGCAGAGACUUGGUGCUAUUUCGUAAUGAGUGUUUGUGCUGCUCUUGGUUUUACUUUUUAUUAUUAUUUUUAAAUUCAGGUGAAAUUUUUAUCAAAUGGAAAAAAAUAUCUGUAACCUCUUUAAAAAGCCAACAGGUCUGAAUUCGAACUUUUUAACUUUUGAUGCUGAUUAAGAACACACAGAAUGCGUUAGCCGGUCCAAACCUGUUCAUAUUGCCACUUGCUUUAUUUCUGGUUCAAAGGCCUGUGGGCCCCUGCUUGUGAAAUGGACUAGCCAGCUUGAAUGUCUCCUUGCCAAACUGCUCCUGUGGAAUUGGCGAACCACUCGCUCAGUGAGCAGAGCUGUGAAUGGCAGCAUUGCACAAAGCCCCUGGAUUCAGUGCCAAAGUUUGCAUGAUGUUAAUUCUCCAAAGGGUAAACUCAUCUUGGUUUCUGCGUGGAAGCUGCCCCCUUCCAUCCCCCAGGCACUGGAAAUGCUCCUUCGUGGCUUGUAACGCUGUGUUAUCUUUUCUCUUGCUGUUUGUCUUUUGGGGGGACUCGUUGGGCUGUUGGCAAUUCCACCCUUGGGGCUGCCAAAGGAAUAGAACAUACAGGCUGCCUUCCUCUCCUGGCAUAUCCCAGGCAUUUGGACUGUAUCCGAGAGGAGGAAACACAACCCAGUUGGGCAGCCCUUGAAUCUUAGAGAUGCGAUCUCACGGCUUGGAAGAGACUGGCCAGGUGCCAGUUCUCCUCAAGCCCCAGCAAGAGCCAGAGCCCAGGGACCUUCUCUAUAGGCAAUUCCACCAUUCUCAGCCUAACUCUUCUCUUAGCUCCAUGCUCAGAAGCCCUCGCAGACAAGCAUGUUGCAAAUAGCAAAAUACGGUUUACUGCUUAGCAGCGGAGAUCAGCCUCUCUCUCAUGGUCCGUGCAUUUCCCUCUGGAUCCCCAAGCAAUCUGUUCUGCUCCAAAACAGCAUUUCCCUCUGGAGCCCCAAGAAACCUGUUUUGCUCCAGAACAGGAUUUGCCAAAGGACCGGACCUGGUUGGUGUCUCAAACCUCCAUGCUCCGGCAGGACCAGACUGUUUGCACGCUCCAUUCGCCAUCAUCUCUGCCUUUUUUUCAAACAAACCAUUUUAUAGUAACGAAGGGUGGUGGGUGGGGCUUGUUAAAGGCACUUUCCUGUUGGCCUCCACCAAAUCCUGGAUGGUAGCUACAUCUCCCGGGUGCUGCUCCCCUGCACUGUGUGCUGCUUGAUGUCUGCAAACAUUCAGUUGGGAUAAAACAGCUGGGAAAUUCAAUUCACACCUGACUGGACCUCCGGUGCAAUUUUGUGCCCAGGCAAAGGUGAUUUUACAGAGGUCCCUGGGAAUAUCCAAGACCUCCGAUUAAAGAAAAGAAAUCAGGAUGUUGUAAAAAUUAAUUUUGGAUUCCAGAUAAACUCUAGUCAGGACCAUUUGCAAAUUUCACACCAUGUAGAGACUUGGGAUUUGGAAAAUCAUGAUUUUUAUUUAAUUACUAAUUGAAUUAACCUCUCAGGUUCCAGGCGGGGGCUUCACAGGGGUUAAGGCUGUAACAUCUGUGCUUGUUAUGCCACUGGGGGAGGCAUAGGCAGCUGUGAAAGAGCAACAAAUCUGUCAAAGGAGACAUUCCGCACCUCCUCCAAAAUAAAUUUCAUUUGAAGAAGUUUCACCUUAAUCCUGAACAGUAAUCAACAUUCUCAAGCAAGAGUGACAGUAUUGGAAGAAACCCAAACAAAGGCCAGAGCGUGUUUGUGUACGUGUGUGUGUGCGCGCAUGUGGAUUUGUCUGUAUGAUGCACAUUGAUCCACACCCAUUUUAACAAUGCUUUUCUUUAACCUAGUGGUGCUGAACCAUGUUAUGAGAAUAAUCAGGGAAACACUGAGGAUGGUGCUAUGCUAUUGUAAGUUCCUGCCAUCAUACGGCAUUUUAAAAAGCUUUGUAAAAACUGUUUGCAACCCUGGUUUUAUACCAUCACCCUUUUCCCCACCCAAAACGCUGUGCCCCCGGUUGGACAUGCUCGCACUCUCUUUCAGUUCUGUAAAGUGUCAAUACAAACCUCCCAUCUUUACACAGCUGUUCUGAAAAGGGAAACAAGGGUAACCGUCAGAUCUGAAACCAUUCCAAUGGGUGGGUGUAUAUAUGAUAUCUAUAUAUUGCUGCACUGUGUGUGUAUAUAUGUAUACAACAUGUGUCUGUGUGUCUGAAUGCAAGGGAGGUGUCAUUUAAAGCUGCAGUAAUUGGAAUCUGAUGCAGUUAUUGUAAUGAUCGCUAACGAGGGAACACCCUGGGCUAAGACACAGGCACAGACAGAUUUCACUGGCUGAACAGAAGUUAGGGAGCCACAGUGUGACUUUAAAAGAUUGUUUCUGUAGUCAUCGGGUCAUGUUCCUGUGGAGUGGCUUGAAACAGGUGUAGUUGAGGGAAACGUGACUGGUGUUUCGAGUCUAGGUACAAAGUGCCUGGCUUCAUGUGGUGAGGCAGUCUCUUGCUAUUGAAAGACUGCCUGGCUGAACAGUACAGAGUAAGAACUAUGCCUGGGAGGACAUGUGUAUGCAGCACUGUUGUGAUCUCAGUGCAUUUACUGUGGAUCUCCAUUUUGAUUACAGUUCAGAUCCUUACUAAAGACUACUAGUACUACUACUACUGUGUUUUCUGGUAAUGGCCCAAUUCUGAGGUCUUGGCUCCUGACACAGUCCUAAAUAACCAGCAAUAUCUUAGAGUUGCUGAUGUGUCAUGUCACCUGCCCAGCUGGAAUUGUGCUGUGAUGCUUUCAGCAACCUCCUCUGAAUUUGUCAGGCUUAGAUCUUCAAAGAAUGGGUGUGAGUGCGAAGCCCCCUGUUACAGUAAUGGGCACUAAAACAUCUGACUCGGUUGAGGACAGACCUUCUCCCUGCCUGCAUGGAUUGCCCACUCCCGUGGGAUGCCUGGGUUAGUGCCAGUGCUUUCACAGGUAUCCAGCACUGUGCGAUGUGCAAGAAUGACAAUGGAAACAAUCUUUCAGCUUUUUCCAUAAAGGUCUCCUGGAAAUUGAGAACCACCAUCCUCCUUACAUCUGGGCCCAUGUGACCUUGCUGUAGAUCAUUACUAAAGAUAAACUUAACUUAUCAGCAUGUUCCCUGCAUCUUUUGGGGGGAAGUGUUUGUCAGCAUCCAGUGGUGAGUUUCACUUCAGUGUCACCUGGCAACAGCUGACAGAGGCAAAAAUACCACCCUGCCUGGCAGUGACUUUAGAAGAUUUGUCUGGAUAGAUUCAGAGAAGGGUGACUACGAUCCCAGCCUCUGUUGCUUUUGUAGCUGCUUGAUCUGCUUGCCAUGGAAGCAAAGCA